UAAAUAUUAUAUCCAAAUUCCCAAGUGUUAGGAUUUAGUAGUUAAUAAUAUUAUUCGUUAUGAACAAGCAAAGCAAUAUAAGUAAUUGGCUGUGUAAGCAGAAACAGAACCAUCCAUCAACAGCAACAAGUAUAGAUAACAAUCAUAUUUCAAUACAAGCAAAUGAAAAGGAAAGUAAGACAAUUAAUACAGUUAAAAAUGAUGAUUAUAUUACCAAUACUUCGUCUACCCCCAAAAAGAGAAAAGUUGAUUUAUCAGAUCAAAAGGUACAUAAUGUUUUGGCUCCUAGUAAAAGUUCAAAUAAUAUAGAUCAAACUUUAGAACUGUUUGAAUUCAGUGACGACAUAGGGCAAUUUUUAAGACCUGCUAAUCCUUCUGAUCAUAUCAAGUUUAAGAUUCUUGAGAAAUUGAAUAUCCCAGAAAACAAUUUCGUUUAUCCUUUCUCAAUACAUAUUAAGAAAGGCAGAGAAGAAAAACGGUUUCUUAAGCGUUCACAUUUUGAAAAAUUUAAGUGGCUUGUCUAUUCAAAAUCAAAGAGUGGUUUGUUUUGUAAAUUUUGUGUUUUUUUUAGCAAUAAAGGUGGUAAAGACAAUAAUGUGGAGCUGAAAAAGUUAGUAAAUGAACCAUUAAAUAAGUUUGCUAAAUUGUUAGGGAAAGAUGGUGAUUUAGAGAAACAUAAUUCAAAUUUAUAUCAUUUAAAUGCUUUAACAUCUGCUACUGAUUUUUUGAACUGUUAUAAAAAUCCAAAAAGGGAAAUAAUAAAUAUUGUAAACACUUCAAGAAUGAAACAAGUUUUAGAAAAUAAAGAGAGACUAAAACCAAUUAUUGAAUCCAUUAUUUUUCUUGGCCGACAAAAUAUUGCAUUGAGGGGGCAUAACGAUUCAGGACAUUUGUUUGGUGAAAAUGCAGAUAAAGAAAUAGAAGAAUCUAUUUCCCCUGUUACUAAUAGUGGUAAUUUUCGAGCUCUUCUUAAGUACAGAAUAUUAUCAGGUGAUACUAUACUUGAAAAACAUUUAAAAUCAAAAACAUCAAAAGCAACAUAUAUAAGUCCAAAAAUUCAGAAUGACAUUAUUGAAUGUUGUAAGAAUUAUAUAACAGAAACAAUUAUUAAUGAAGUUCAUGAAAGUAAUUUCUACAGUAUAAUAUUUGAUGAGACUACUGAUAUAAGCCAUGUUUCACAAAUGAGUCUUAUACUCAGGUAUGUUCAUAAUAAUAUUGUGAAAGAAAAUUUUGUUGCUUUUAUUGAUUGUCACAGUUAUUGGUAUUCUAAAAAUACAUCUACUUCCAUAGAAGAAAGUGAACUAAAUGAAGAUGAUAAUAUUACAAGAAAUGAUACAUUGGAGCCAAAACUAACAGGUGAUAUCCUUGGAGAAAUUGUGGUAAAAAUAUUACAACAUUUACAUUUAAAUCCUCUUAACUGUGUUGGUAUCGGAACCGACGGUUGUUCUGUCAUGACUUCUACUUUGAAAGGAGCUGUUAAAAAAAUUCAAUCAUAUGCUAUAAAUGCUCUUCACUCUCCUUGUUCAAACCAUGCACUCAACUUAUCAAUUUCAAGAUCCUCGUCAGUUCAAGCAAUUAGAAAUAGUAUUGGGCUAAUGAAAGAAGUUAUAGGUUUUUUUAAUAUGUCAUCUAAAAGAAAUUAUGUCUUAAAAACAAUUCUCAAUGGUAAACAGCGGCUUAAGAGUUUGUGUGAAACUAGAUGGGUGGACCGCCAUGAUAGUGUUUUAAUUUUCAAAUCUUCUUUAACUUUUAUUAUUGAAGCAUUAACUAAAAUAUCAUUUUGGAACGAACAAGAUUCUUCGUCUAAGGCAAAAACAUUACUUACAGCUGUGUGCUCGUGUGAAUUUAUUUUAUCACUUCAUUCGCUUUCAUCAUUAUUAUGUGUUACUACAUGUGUCAGUAAAUUAUUACAAAGUGUAAAUAGUGAUAUAAGUAAAGCUGCAGAUAUUAUUAAUGAUAUUUUGUCAAAUUUAGAAAAUAAAAGAAAAAAUUGUAAUGAAGAAUUUAAAUCAUUGUUCAGAGAUGCCGAAAUCCAAAUGACUGAAUUAGAUAUUGAAUUAAAAAAACCUCGAAUUGUUUCAAAACAAAUAUCUAGAUCCAACCAUGAAACCAAUUCUAUUGAAAACUAUUAUAAAUUUUCUAUUUAUAUACCCCUACUGGAUAAUAUUAUAACAGAUUUGAAAUCAAGAUUUUUAAAUGAAAAGUAUAAAGCCAUUUCAAAAUUGCCAUUACUUUUGCCCCGUUUUAUUAUUAAAUCUGACACAAAUGAUACUAAUUCAUUAUUAAAGACUAUAAAAGAACAUUUUACAUUUGAAGAUAGCAAUAUGAUUGAUGAAUUGGAGCUAAUAACUGAAUUGCAACUUUGGAAGUCAAGAUGGAUUAGAAAAAAAAAUGAAGGUGAAUGUAUUGACUGUGAUGCCAUUAAAUGUAUUGACGAUUGCUGUGUAAUAAUUUUUCCUAAUAUCAAAAAAUUGCUUAGUAUAAUUGCAUGCUUGCCUAUAAGUGUAGCAUCCGCUGAACGAUCCUUUUCAUCUCUAAGACGGUUUGUGUCCAACGUACAUUCAACGCUGUAGCGAACGAGUUUUCUAUGUCAUGGUUAAUGAUUAUAUUAAUCUGUGCUCAUUAAUUUAGUCGUAAAACGUUAUUUCAUAACAAAAAAAGCUAACUUAAAAUAUUUUAAGCAUAAUCAAUUUUUCUCGCUUUCGUUUCAUCUUAGAAAUAGUACUAAAGAUUAUACUGUAUAAUAUUCCAAACAUGUUAUUCUAAAAAAUUCAA